AUGCCUAACACAAAAGAGUCCAGCCAGGGAGACCCCCUGAGGGACAUACCCACAGUGUUGGCAAACUUGACUAGUCAGCUGAUACCUCAGUACAUGACUAAGAUUCAAAAGGCCAAACCCUCCAAUCCGGAGGAUGAAAUGGCUGACUUACUGGAAACAGCCUUAACCACGACACUUCGUGACAAAGAGCUCACUAGAUGCAUGUCUGUCAUGAUGUCUUCUCAGCUUGAGUAUAAAGACUACUUGCUGGAAUGCGCUUUAGCAAAGAUAAAGGCGCAAAAAGAUGAAAACAGCGCUCUGAAAAAGACGCUAGAGGAGACUAAGAAGUCUUUAAGUGUUUUAGAAAAACACAGUGCCAGAUGUGAAGCGUCAAGGCUUCCCUCACUGAUAAGUCAUGAAGAAAAUCUUGAUCUCAAAGACAAGAUUGAAAGACUUAAUGAAAACCUUUACAAAAAGGAGAAAGAACUUGAUGACACGAAUAAGCAGCUUGCUAAGACCACAGAGGAUCUGAUACAGUCAGAAUCCCUGCAAGAGCAAGCAACAGAAGAUGUAAAAGCUUUGAAAGCACUGGUUAAAGUGCGUGCUGAAGCUCUUGAAGUUAAGGAGAAGCAAACUUCUACCUUACAGCACCAGCUCCAGAUAGCUCAAAGACAGUUAAUUCUUUGUCAAGAACGGCAAGAAAAGACAGAUAAAGAACUUGAAGAUGCCCAAAGAGAGUUACGAUGCUCCCUCCAGUCAGGUCGAGCCCAAAGAGAACGCAUGAAGCAAACUUUUCUCGAAGAAAUGAUAUAUGAUCAGCCUCCUGAGAGAGCGCCAUCACUUCCUUCCAAACCAACUCUUAAGUAUCUCUCUCAGCAUCAUGACCGGACCCUGCUUGACCCUGAGAGGUCAUCCUUAAGCCAAAAGUCCUACUCUCCUCCUCAUGAUGGUUUCUUGCCAUUUCCCUCAGACAGGGAUCUUGACAAAAUUGCUCGUAACAUAGCACGCUUUGAACCUGAGCACCAAGGUGCUACUGACACCUGCACCUACUUGAAAGAUAUUGACUUUUACCUGAGGAAAUUUCCAGGUGCAACCACUGAUGACAAAAUCUACCUUAUUAAGGCAACGUCAAGUCGAGAGGUUAGCAGUUUCCUUGAACGACAGCCUUAUCAUGUCAGAAAUAAUUAUGACUUGCUCUGCCAAGCAUUAAUUGAAGAGUUUUCUGACUAUUUGACCCAGACAGGCCUCUCUGCUGCUCUGUCUAUUAAACAAGGGAGAUCAGAACCUCCCCAACAGUAUUACAACCGCUUAUGUGAAGCUUAUUUUGGUUUCCGAAAUGAACCAGAAAUGGAGGAGGACUUGAACUUCAAAACGCUGUUCGUCCAGAACCUCCACCCUACCACCAGUCAUCACCUUGGCGUCUUAGCUUGUCCAAAUACUUCGACUAGCCGACAGCUUCGUGAACUUGCUGUAAAAGGUUUUGCCAAACAACGACAAACUUUGGCUAAGAAAGCAGAGCCCGUUACUCUCUUGGCUAUGGAGACAAAAUCACUGCCCAUGGAGCUGAACGAAGCUUCAGACUGUGUUUUUUCAGGCUCCGAUAAGCCUCCAAAUGAGUGGUUAACCAGGCCUCCAAAACCUUUUCGACCUCAACAAACUCACAAAGGUCAAAGUUACACACCAAGGCCCAGGUCUGACCCAGACCAAUGCCAGGUAAACUUUGAGACCAACUGUUGUUAUUCAGACUCCCGUCACGGUGGGUUUUAUCCCAGACAAAGGAAAAACCAUCAACACCGCCAAAGUGGGGUGAAUGACUGGCAGAAUCAGAGUAAAUCACACUCUCAGAAACGACGAUCUUAUUAUCCACCUCAAUCGGUUUCAUCCACUUUGAAGGUGAAUAAACAUGACUACUCAGCUAACCACUGA